AUGCGGCCUUUAUCCAACUCUAAUGGGUUCAAUAGAAGGGAAAAAAACGACAAGUAUCCUUUCCUCACAUUCUUUGCCACCUUGUUCCGCCAACUGGGCGCUAUACUGCCACCUCGACCCGCCGGCCCAGACCUUGUCCAGCGCGGCGCCUCCCUGUCCAUUUCGCUGUCGCGUUGCAUGCGCCGGCACGUUGCGACUGUAUUCGCACUCGACGCUGGCGCGCACCGUGCCGCGGAGCACCGCCGUGAAGCUGCGCGCGCUGAGGACAACCCCGGAGGCCCCAUCUCGACGAGAAACGGCGGAAACGACGUGUCAAUGUUCUGGAGCCGAGUUCCUCGGCCACGAGACGGGCCGAAUCAGCUCCGGGAACAUGGGGAGGGAGCCGGUACGAGAAAAAGGAAAUGGUACGAGGAAAUAGAACUGGUACGAGGAAAGAGAAUUGCUAACAGGGCCGGAACAGAGAAGGCCCUGAAAGAAUCUCAAGGGAUGGCCAUGUCAACGGCGCGAGUCAGCGCAUACGCCCUGUCACAGGACGUCAGCCUGCCAUCGAUCAAGGUAGUCUGCAACUGUCGGUAA